ACAACAACUUUUACCAUACUAAUCAGAUCAUUCUCGCAGGUAUCAUCAAUAAACCGCGUGUUAAGAAACUUAGCAUCGCAAAAGGAGCAAGCCGCGUCUGCGCAGAACGACAGCGUGUAUGAAAAGCUGAGGAUGUUCAACGGUCAGGCGGCCACGGGCUGGUGGUAUCCAGGGCUUCCGGCCGCACCAGCUGCGCCUGCGAUACCAGCGCCACUACCACCUCAGCUUAAUAGGACCACCGCUGAAGAGCAUAAAAGAGCAGAUCCAUUACAAUCGGAGGCUGGAUCAGAUGGCAACAGCGAGCACGCAUCAUCAGGCGACGAGGACUCGCAGAUGAGACUACGACUGAAGAGGAAGCUGCAGAGAAAUAGAACCUCCUUCACCAACGACCAGAUAGAUAGCCUUGAGAAAGAAUUCGAGCGGACGCAUUACCCAGACGUGUUUGCGCGGGAAAGACUGGCUGAAAAGAUCGGAUUGCCUGAGGCACGUAUCCAGGUCUGGUUUUCGAACCGGCGCGCGAAGUGGCGUCGUGAAGAGAAGCUUCGGAGUCAGCGGCGGGACGCCCCCGCGGCCUCGCCCCCCGCACCCCCCACGCCCCGACUGCCUCUCAACGGGGGCUUCAACUCCAUGUACAGCCCUAUACCGCAACCCAUCGCCACUAUGGGAGAAACUUAUAGUUCGAUGUCGGGCGGUCUGUCCUCAUCGUGCCUGCAGCAGCGUGACGGAGGCUACCCCUACAUGUUCGGCGACGUGCUCGGCAGCGGCGGUUACUCGAGAGCACCUGCAGCCCACCAGCAACACGCAGCCUAUUCACAACCGCAAACUGCUGCCAGUACUGGUGUAAUAUCGGCGGGCGUGAGCGUGCCUGUGCAAAUACCUUCGCAGGGGCCAGACCUCGCGUCGAACUACUGGGGACGGCUUCAGUGAUCUCAGCUAUUCGGGUUCCCGCAUCGACUACUGUCGAUGCCUGAGAACCCGAACAUACCGGAGUCUCCAUCUAGCGGCGAAAUCGCGCACAACUACGCAGACUCGCACCUGUCCAUGAACGCCGCUAUCAACAUGACUGCCGGUCACGAUGCUAAUGUUCUCAACGCAGAUUUGCAAGAACAAAACAAUUCAGUGUCGUAAACAAGAGACUGUUCAACCGAUUCAACCCGUUUUUGUUUUUGUGACAUUUCAAUUCUAUGGUGCAAGUUUUCCUUUACCUUUGUACAAUAUUUUUUCGGAUUACCAACACGUUAAUCUUAAGAGGCAACUGAUGAUGUUCAAACUUAGAGGUAAGUGAACGACCGUACUCGAUGACGUGUGCUGCGAACCGAAUUUUUGCGAAUGAUUUUGUUGAUUUCCUUAAACAUAAUACAUGUAUAUUUAUAUAUACGACAUAAUUAAGGCAUGUUUCAUUGCGUACGGUCAAUAAAAUAGUAAGCUAGAGACACAAUAGCACGCAACUGUAAAUAUAGGAAAGCGCCAUCUAUUGUCAAGUAGAGAAAGUUUCCUUUAUGGUGGCCGAGUUGUUUCGGCGGGAAAAUAUGUAAAUGUAAAUUGUUUGUGCCAACGUUUGUAAUAAUCGAGUGUUAUGCGCCCUUUGCGAGCACAACCCUUUUAUUUCUUUGAUGUAUGCAAUAGGGGUGCGAAAUGUUAAUGCCAUAGAGAAAAAACGUGGCAAUGAGCUUCGUUAUGGCGUUUGUCUGUCACCCCUGCCGCCGCCAAAUUGUCAUACAAACUAAUCAUGUUUGUUCUAUUGUGAUGAUUCUUGUAUAAUAUUGUUACUAAAUAGAUGUUGUACGUAAUGUGUCAACUCAAUUUCAUUAAUACAUCUCGAAACGAAUUAAUUUAUUAUUUAUUGAUUGUAAAAGUUAAGGUCAAUAUUGCUGUG